AUGGCCCGUGGCGGAUCUGGCGGUGGACACUUCGGCGAGUGCGUCCUCACUGUUCUGGCAGAGUGUGGAGAGGGAAAAGAGGGCUCUGCGAUCACCCUGCUGCUGCCGCCGCCGCUUUUCUCCGUCCUCAUGCGCAGCAGACGCUUGAUUUAG